UGUUCUGCCGGUCGGUGAGAGGGUCACGCGCCGCACCCCGCGCACGAGAACACAGAGCGAGCCGUGCCGAGCGCCCCGCGCGCCGCAGACAGAGAUACAGAGAGAGAGGCUGACUGAGUGGAGACGAGCCGUGGAGAGAGCAGAGGGAGACGAGGACACAGGUGAUCCACGCAUCAUGGUGGCUGAGACUCUGCUCAGCUCGGUGCAGCUGGCCGGGCUGAAGUCGCGGUUCGGCGCCGUCUCGCCGGGCUACUUCAACUACCCGCCGCCUGGCGGCGCUGUGAACGGCGGCCGACCGAGCCAAGGGGCGCCCGUGUCGGCCGCUUCGGACGCGUACCCGGUGUCGCCGCUGGAGCUGCCCGCCUCGCUGCAGUGCGACAUGUUCAGCCAGCGCAAACAGCGCGAGUUCAUCCCCGACAACAAGAAGGACGAGAGCUACUGGGACCGGCGGCGGCGCAACAACGAGGCAGCCAAGCGGAGCCGCGAGAAGCGCCGGCUCACCGACAUGGUGCUGGAGUCGCGCGUGUUCGAGCUCACCAAGGAGAACCACCUGAUGCGCGCCCAGCUGGCCGCCAUCCGCGACAAGUUCGGCAUCGUCGGGGAGAACCUCAUCAACCACGAGCAGGUGCUGUCGCAGCUGCCGGCCAUGGAUCAGGUGCUCAGCUUCACCAAGCGACACAAGCCGCUCAGCGGACAGCACAUGAUGCCGCUGCCGGCCGGCGGCGGCGGCCCCGCCCCCGGGCCCGGGCCGUUCAUGGGCGGCGCCGCGCCGCCGCCGCCGCCACCGCCGCCGUCGUCGGCGCCAGCGUCGCCGCCGGCGCCGGCGCCGUCGCUGCUGUUCCGUCAGCAGUCGAUGCGCGAGCUGCGAGAGCCGGAGCCGGUGGUGUGCGACUACUCCCGGCCGCGCUCGGCCGAGCCGGAGCACCAGCAGACGCCGCCGCCGCCGCCGGCGCCGCUGGAGGCGACCAACCUGAGCCGCUCGGCGAUCGAGCCGCGCCCGAUGCACUCCACGGAGGGCGGCGUGCUGCCGCUCAAACUGCGCCACAAGACGCUGCUCUGCGACCGGGAGGCGGCCGCCGCCGGCCUGCUGGGACUCACCGCCGCGCUCAAGGAGGAGCCGCACGACUCUGCCGGCUCAGAGGCGGCCUCGUCGGGCGACGAGCGCGACUCGGGCCUCUCGGACCGCUCGGCCUCCUGCGACGGCGCCGACGAGCCCGCCCGCAAGCGGCUGCGCGCCGGCAGCGACGCGUCCUCCUCUCCGCCGCCGCAGGCCAGCGGCCAGAUCCGCUGCGAGCUGGAGCGGCUGGCCAAGGAGGUAGCCACGCUCAAGUGUCUGCUGAACCACCGGGACGCCGGCUCGCCGCCCAUGCAGCCGGAGGCCUGAGGCGCGCGCUCGGCUGGCGGUCGGCAGCCGUGCACAGGGGCUCGCGAGCGGGGACGGUCGCUCUCGCAGGGCAGCUGACAGGACGGGGCUGCGUACAAACCAGGCCGGCGCUGUGCUGGAGUUCAACUGCCGCCGUAUCCGCUGUUCCCAGCGGGGAACUCUGCCGGGGACUCUCACAUUCCUGGCCGUAAACGGAGCCUGCUACCGGCCACGGCCAGACUGCCAGACCCUGGUCAGACUGCCAGACUACGGCCAGACUGCAAUCUACCGGCUGUCGUAUGACGACCAGUCGCACCAGUAGGGAUAAAUGGGGGGUCGGCGCGCCGCGCAGACCCAGCGCCCUGCCAGUGCGCUAGCGGCAGGCUAAGAGGGGGCGUCGAGGAGGCGUCCGGUUUAAAGCUGCAUCUCAUCGCUGUCUAGAGGUAUUCAGCCCACCUGCGAGCGAGGCUUUGAAGUGGUGUCACUGAAACUCGUGUUGAUACGUGUCGCCGGCCGGGUCUCUGGUUCCGUGUGCUCCAAGUCGCGCCCGUGACCCGUUUGCAGCUCAUUUAUCUUGACAAGUUCAAAUACACUAA